AUGAUUCUCUUUGCUGCUAGACACCUUGCAAUGACCAAAUCGACGGGCCAUUUCCCUUUGGCUGCCCAUCGAUACAUUGCGAGAUGCCAUUUUAAGCCGGAAUCUCUCGUUCAAAAGGCUAGAUUAGCAAGAUCAUUCGGAUCAUCUGGACCAUCCUCUAAACCUGACUCUCAAGCUAAGGAUAUUGUUCCCAAAAAGAAGUCCUUUUGGAAUACUUUCCUUGGUGUUUUGGUAAAAAGAACAGUCAUUGGUGCCGGAAUCAUUUCGUCAAGUGUUGUCACUUUAUUGGUUGCAUUCUUCAUUUAUGACUCUCAAACUUACAACCAAGAUUGCUGCAACGAGAAUCUACAGGUCCCUAAGUUUGCUCUAGAUCCUGAAACUGGUGGUCCUGAAAAUUUACCCAUACUCAGAUCCCAGUUAGACGCCAUGGAUACUGACUCCAAGAAACAAGCUUAUCGCAAACCAAAGCUAGUCAUUCUUGGCUCUGGAUGGGGUAGUGUUGCUCUCCUUAACAAUUUAAAUCCUUCAGAUUAUGAUGUUACCGUCGUCAGCCCAACCAAUUAUUUCCUGUUUACACCGAUGCUUCCAUGUGCCGCUGUCGGAACCUUGGAAAUCAAGACCCUAAUGGAGAGUAUUAGGUCAAUUCUUCGAAGUGUCAAUGGACAUUACCUACAAGGAUAUGCUGAUAAAAUCUUAUUUGAUGAAAAACUGGUUCAGAUAUCCUGUAAAGGUUCUGACGAUAGCAAUCAGAAAUUCUAUUUACCUUACGAUAAGUUAGUUGUUGCAGUUGGCUCCACGUCCAACACCCAUGGAGUUACAGGGUUGCAAUAUUGUCACCAGUUGAAAACAGCAGCUGAUGCUUUACAGAUCAAGAGACAGAUUGUAGGAAAUCUGGAAAAGGCAUGUCUUCCAACGACAACAGACGAAGAGCGUAAAAGAUUACUUUCCUUCGUUGUAUGUGGAGGAGGGCCCACUGGUGUAGAACUGGCUGCUGAGAUUUUUGAUCUGUUAAACGAGGAUUUAACCGCAACUUAUCCCAAGAUCCUUAAACAGGAAGUGUCCAUUCACAUAAUCCAAUCCCGAAGUCACGUUCUCAAUACUUACGACAAAACAAUCAGUGAAUAUGCCAUGAAACGAUUCGAAAAUGAUAACAUAGAUCUACUCACUAAUGCUCGUGUAAAUGAGAUUUUGCCUAAUGAAGUUGUUUUCAAUCAGAAAAACUCCAUUACUGGAGAACUGGAAACUAAAACAGUACCCUUUGGAUUAUGUGUUUGGUCUACCGGUGUCUCUCAAAAUCCAUUGGCUCAAAGUGUCACUGCCUCUCUAUCUGAACACCAACACAACAAGAGAGCCAUACAGACUGAUGCUCAUUUGAGGGUGCUUGGAGCACCUUUAGGUGACGUCUACGCAAUCGGCGAUUGUGCUACGGUAAAGACAGAUUUGGCUGAGCACACUGUUGAGUACAUUAGACAUUACGUGGUCAACAAGUAUUUUAACCAACGGUCGCAGCGAAAUCAAAUCAUCACUGAUGACGAUAUUAUGCAUCUUCUGCUCUCACACUCUGAGCUCAUGGAACUAAAGCGUCAUAUUUCUACUAAACAUCCACUGGCCUCUGAGAGCUUAGAAUUCAUCAGUGAGCUAAUCCCCAAAUAUGAUACUGGAAAUACCGGAAAAUUGUCGUUUGAUCAAAUUACAAGACUCCUCAAAGAAAUUGAUUCCAAAGUUACUUCGCUACCUGCCACAGCUCAAAGGGCGCAUCAACAGGGUACUUACCUUGGGAAGAAACUUUCGAAAUUAACUUCUUCUAACACCACUUUGUCAAUCGACACCAUAAUGAAAGGAGACAUUGACGAUGCUAUCGCUAAACCGUUCAAGUAUCAACAUCUAGGAUCAUUAGCUUACAUUGGGAACUCUGCCGUGUUUGACUUACCAGGACGUUCUUUUGUGGGAGGUCUGGUUGCCAUGUACCUAUGGAGAGGUAUCUACUUUGCACAGUCUGUUAGUAUGAGAACCAGAGUUCUGCUGUUCAUGGAUUGGUUGAAUAGAGGUAUUUUUGGUAGAACAUGUAUUUCUAUUUAG